CCACAAUCUUAUCCAUACUGGAGAAAAGCAGUUUAAAUGUGACAUUUGUUCUAAAACAUUUGCAAGAAGAUAUCACUUAGUAAGCCACAAUCUCAUUCAUACUGGAGAAAAGCAGUUUAAAUGUGACAUUUGUAGUAAAACAUUUGCACGGAAAUCUGACUUAGCAAGUCACAAUCUUAUCCAUACUGGAGAAAAGCAGUUUAAAUGUGACAUUUGUUCUACAACAUUUGCACAUAAAUCUUCCUUAGCAAGUCACAAUCUCAUCCAUACUGGAGAAAAGAAGUUUAAAUGUGACAUUUGUUCUACAACAUUUGCACAUAAAUCUUCCUUAGCAAGUCACAAUCUCAUCCAUACAGGAGAAAAGAAGUUUAAAUGUGAUAUUUGUUCAAAAGCAUUUGCACAUAAAUCUUCCUUAGCAAGUCACAAUCUCAUCCAUACAGGAGAAAAGAAGUUUAAAUGUGAUAUUUGUUCAAAGACAUUUACAAGGAAAUCUGCCUUAGUAAGACACAAUCUCAUCCAUACAGGAGAAAAGAAGUUUAAAUGUGAUAUUUGUUCAAAGACAUUUACAAGGAAAUCUGACUUAGCAAGUCACAAUCUCAUCCAUACUGGAGAAAAACAGUUUGAAUGUGACAUUUGUUCUAAAACAUUUGCACAGAAAUCUUACUUAGUAAAACACAAUCUCAUCCAUACUGGAGAAAAGCAGUUUAAAUGUGACAUUUGUUCUAAAAGAUUUGCAAGAAGAUAUCACUUAGUAAGUCACAAUCUCAUUCAUACUGAAGAAAAGCAAUUUGAAUGUGACAUUUGUUCCAAAGCAUUUGCAGAGAAAUCUACCUUAGUAAAACACAAACUCAUUCAUAAUGAAGAAAAGCAGUUUGAAUAUGACAUUUGUUCUGAAACAUUUGCACAGAAAUCUGACUUAGUAAAACACAAUCUCAUCCAUACUGGAGAAAAGAAGUUUAAAUGUAACAUUUGCUCAAUAGGCUUUGCACAGAAAUGUCACUUGGCAAAUCACAAUAUCAUUCACCAGUCAGAGGCAAGGGUUGUUUUAUGUCCUCUCUCAAAAAUGAAUAAUAAAAACUGUCCUCUUCUUACCAAGAAUUUAUAGAAGAGAUGUUACUGCUGCUACAUUUUCUGGUAAUUGGACAUUGGACAGAAUUUUUUUUGAAAAAUUAUAUGGUCAUUCAUACCAGAUACAAUACCCAUGUCCUUAAAUUAAACCUUACCUCAUUGAAACAGUGUGUUGAAAAAUUAAUGGGCAAAUAUACUGUAGAUACACUUAAUUUGAUGCUACUUAAUUUGGCGGAUUUGCUCACUUUCAAAUAUUGGUGGCUAUUUAAUUUGGUAGACUCAGGACUGAGCCCAAGUUUUAUCAUAGAUCUGGAAACAAACGUUUCAGAUUCAUGUGUUCUGCUUUCAGUAAGUCCUGGUGUAGCACUGACAUCCAAACAGGAAUACUUUACACAAGUGAAAUAAUUGCAAACUACAAAUUCUCUUGGGAUUUUUCAAAAUAGAUUAGAAAAUUGGCGGAUUUUCAAAUUUAGCGAAUUUUUUCAAUCCGCCAAUCCGUCAAAUUAAAAGAGUAGCCAAAUUAAGUGAAUUUACAGUAUUUUGAUGCGUAAGGGAAGUCAUAUGUUGACUAAUUGAAAGGUUGUAGAUUCCCUUUCAUAUUGAUCCUAAAAUUUAUUGAAAAAAGGUGUUGAACAGUUGAAUAUGUUUUUGCAGAUUUAAAAAAAAAAAUUUUUAGCAAAAGUAGGACAGACAAAUGAAAAAUCAUCCUUGAUCAACUUUUGGAAGCUUUAGAGAAUUUUUAUUGCGGUUGAAAUCACUUAGAUUAGACUAUAAUCAGCAUGUGGAAAAUAAAUAAACUAAAAUUGAAAAACUAUAGGUAUCUUGCCUGCUUGUUAUGAUUUUUGUAAAACACAUGUACAUAAAUACAGCAAUUCAUAUGUCCUUUAGACAUGUUAGAAGGAAAAAAAGUAGAUAAUGUUUAUUUCCUGUUUCCAUCUCACUUUUUUUGUAUAUAUCAAUACAUGUACAUGUAUAUGAAUUUGUAUAUGCAAUUUAGAAAUGUACUUUAUUUAGCUAUCACAUUUAAAAUAUUAUAUGCUAUACAUGUAUUAUCCUACACUUAGUGUGCUAAAUGUAUAACAUUAAAAAAUAAUUUCGAUAUCUAUUGGCAAAGUAAAUGAUAUCACCACGAUAUACUCCGGAAAACCAAUAUGCGGAGGAUAUUGUGACGAUAUACUCUGCUUGUAGAUUUCCCGCCAAAUUGACUCUAUUUGGCAUGAAAUUUUUUCUAUGAUAUUGUACAUUUAGUACACUUCUAGUAAGUGUAGGAAAAUAAGAACAUCCUAUAAAUAUCAACAUAACUGAUGAUAAAUAUGACAAUUAUUAAACUGUCCAUAUACCUUUUAGA